AUGGAGGAAGAUUCUAUUGCCGACUGCAAUAAAUCACAAGAUGUAAAAAAAUGGAGUAAAGUAAAGUCAAGACGACGGCUUAUUAGACAAUGCCUGGUGUCGAUUGGUGUUUCACUCAGUACGAUGGAGCUGAGUCUUGUAAUGGGAUAUACGGCAGUACUAGUACCUCAAUUACGAGAUGAUCCAAAUAUAGGAAUGGACAAAGACAUGGAAUCCUGGAUCGCAUCAAUUCCUGGAUUAGUGUUAAUGCUAGCUGUAUUCAUGGCUCCAACUAUAACAGACCGAUACGGCAGAAGAAAGGCCAUCUUAAUUAGUACUAUCAUUAUGAGCCUUGGUUGGGUUUUCAUGACAAUAGCCACCAAUCUAACUAUGAUAAUUAUCGGCAGAAUAUUACAAGGCUUGGCUUCUGGGAUAUCAAGUUUAUCUGGGACUGUCCUGGUAGCUGAAUAUACAUCACCGAAAUACAGGGGAGCAUUUGGACCUUUAACGACUAUAACCAUGUUGUCUGGCGGUUUGAUAGUUCACACAUUAGGAUCUUAUUUUUCAUGGCAUAAGACAGCUGUAUUUUGUUUGGCUAUUGCAGUUUUAGAUGGUGUCAUUGUAUUUUUAUCACCAGAAAGUCCAGCGUUCUUGGCAAGACGAGGAAGAUUUAACGAAUGCAAAAAAGUGUUCCAUUGGCUUCGAGAUUUGGAUGAGGACGAAGAAUUAAAUGCCAUGAUCAAGGCUCAAAUAUUACGUAGAGCUGCAAAGAUUAAACCAGAAGAUCGCUCACUACUUAAUAAAUAUACUAACAAAAUAAGAUCAGCAUUGAAUACUGUCAAAAAAGUUGAAUUCUAUAAACCUUUAAUUGUAAUGAUACAUCUUGAAACUAUCGAAACGAAGGAUAAAACUCUUCAGAAUAUAGAAGAGAAGUCCUGGAAGAAAACUAAACGUGAAAUAGGCGUAAAGGCUCCUUUAGAUAGUCAAUUAUUAGAUGUCGGUUCUAAUAAAUUAAUUGUUAGACCAGAUCACAAAGAUAUCAAAGGGAAUGUGGUCUAA